AUGGCGGCCAACGAUAUCACCCCGGUUCCAGCACCGUGGAAGCUCAAGGGCGACAUCUACCUCUUCAGCUUCUGGGUCUCCGGACCGAAGGCAGCGCACCCGCCCACCAUCGCUUACUCCCCUCUCGAGGCAAACUCGUCCUUCAUCUGCCCGGAAGGCAACAGGCCGCUGGGCGGAAUCAGCAUGAUACAGAUUAUCCGAUAUACCGAGAGCCCUGUUGGUCCAUAUGACGAGUUGAUUCUGUGUCCGGGCUUUCAUGAGUAUACCGUCGAGGAGAAUGGAAAGCGCAUCAAGAAAAAGAACGCAAGAAUCACACGGAUAUACGUAUCUCAAAAGUACACCUGCUGGAAUGGCCGGAAGAACUGGAAUAUUCCAAAGCAUCUCGCCGCCUUCGACUGGAAGAAGAACGCGGAUGGCAGCACAAGCGUCAAGGUCUUUCCCCACGACACAUCGGGUGACGUCAAGGAAGCGUCCGCGAGCGCUACCCCGCUGUUCCAAGCAACCUUUAAGACCGUCCCAUACGUCCCAUCGUUCCCUCUCUCGCUCAGUAUCUUCAAGUACGUGGGUGUGGACCCGACCCUCGUUCAGCCUCCGCUUCCAGAGGGCGACGGCAGUCAAUGUGAGUUGCCUGGGACAGAUCAAUGGUGCAGCAUAUCGCCCGGUCAGAGCUGCAGAAGGGCGAGCCUGGGGUGGUUCGAUAUUCGGCAAGCAGAUGAAAAGGGGAACGUUGUUGGCGAGCACGAAAACUUCUGGCCGGGUCUCGGGCGUUGGCAGAUCGGGCUGAAGAUGGAGAACUCAGACGUGACUUUCGCUGAGCCGAAACACUGGAAUGCCCCCAGAUCUGUUUUAUAG